AUGUCGAUAACUAAUCCUAAACAUUUUUGGUCUUACAUUAAAAGUAAAAAACUCAACCACGCCUUUCCGAAAACUAUGAAUUACUGCAGCGAAAAAGCCAGCAAUGGUGAAGAUAUUGCUAAUCUUUUUGUUCAAUACUUUAAGUCUACGUAUAGCAAUGAUAAUUUCAACAAUCCAUAUACUACCGUUCCUACCCCAUCACAACACGCUCAAAUCAGUGCCGCCAAUAUCUCUACAGUCGAAAUACUACCUAAAAAUAUCAGUACUGCUGAAAAAACUAGAUCUUUCAAAAUCGGGUGGUCCCGAUUUUAUUUCACCAAUAUUCUUAAAGAAGGUGCUGAUAAUUUGUCACAACCACUAUCUUACUUAUUUAAUUUCUCCAUAUGCAAAGGUCUAGUGCCUAACAUGUGGAAAGCAGCUUUCAUUACUCCCGUUCAUAAAAAAGGCAAUAAAUGUGAUAUUGAAAAUUACCGACCAAUUUCUAAACGUCUCAUUGCCAAGAUCUUUGAAAAAAUUGUAUAUCAACAGGUGUAUACAACUGUAAAGCCUCAGCUCACCAGUGAACAACACGGGUUUUUAAGAAAUCUAUCUAAGGCCUCAAACCUUAUUAUUGCCAAUGAAUACAUAUCGAGUGGAAUGGAUCGUCGAGCGCAGGUCGACGUCGUCUAA